AUGGACUCCUCCAGUACGAGCGCCGCCACGCCCGAUAAAGGCAUUCCUACGGAAGUAAAGGAAUCUCUCAACCACGAGAUCUCCGAAAACCUGAAAUCCAACACCGCAUCCGCAGCACCGGCUGAUGGGACACAGCAGCAGCCGCAUGCGUCCAGCAGAAAGAAGGAAAAGGCGCCCAAACAGCCCAAACCUCCCAAAGCCGCGCCUCCAGCACCUGCGCCUCUCUCCCCAGCCCUGAUCGACCUCCGCGUCGGGCACAUCCUCCGCGCAAUAGCACACCCGAACGCAGACAGCCUGUACGUGUCAACGAUCGCCAUGGGCGAUCCCGAAGGGACAGAACACACACAGGUAGACCAGGAGACAGGAAAGGUAGUACGAACAGUCUGCUCCGGCCUCAAUGGACUCGUGCCCCUAACAGAGAUGCAAGACCGCAAGAUCGUGGUCGUCGCGAACCUGAAACCGGUCAACAUGCGCAGCAUCAAAUCCGCGGCAAUGGUGCUCGCGGCGAGCCCGAAGCAAGAGGAAGGCGCCGACCCGCAUGCGCCCGACCGCGUCGUCGAGCUCGUCAGCCCUCCUGAGGGAUCUGAGGCCGGCGACAAAGUCUACUUCGAGGGCUGGGAGUAUGGAGAGAGCAAGGGCCCCGAGAAGCAGUUAAAUCCUAAGAAGAAGCAGUGGGAGGCCAUCCAGCCUGGUUUCUUCACGGGAGACGAUCUUACGGUGGGAUUUGAUGCGGGAGCCACGGAGGUUGAGGGCGACAGGAAAGGCGCGCUGAUUGUCGAGGGCAAGGGGAAGUGUACCGUCAAGACUCUCAAGGGCGCUGUUGUGAGGUAA